UGUAUGUAUAUAUAACCAGUAUCCACUUGUAAUUAAAAACAUGUAACUCAUCUUUCUCUUGUUUCUCUGAAAACCCUAAAAAGAACAUAGACAUGGGAUCUCAAGGACUAGGGCUAGAGAUUACUGAACUUAGGCUAGGACUACCAGGUGGUGGCAGCGGCGGUGAAAAGAAGAGGUCAUUUUCGGGUAGUAUUCAUGGUGGUGGUGGUGGCGGUGGUGAUGGUGGUUGUGGGAAGAAUAGGAAUAUGGACGAGGUGGUUGGGUGGCCACCGGUGUGUGUGUUUAGGAAGAAAAGCAUACGUGAAGUGACAAAGUUGUACGUGAAAGUAAGAAUGGAUGGUGCACCCAUUCUUCGAAAGAUUGAUUUGAGUUGUUUCAAGUGCUAUUCGGAUCUAGGAACGGCUCUUGAGAAGCUCUUUGAUUGUUAUGGCAUUGGUGAAGCAAUGAAGGAAGAAAGCGAGAGUUGUGAAUACGUAGCAAUAUAUGAAGACAAAGAUGGAGACUGGAUGCUUGUGGGAGACGUCCCAUGGUCAAUGUUUACCGAAACAUGCAAGAGACUCAGGAUUAAGAAGCGUUCAAAUGCGACUGGAAUUGGACCACUUGCAAAUGUAUGAUGGAAAAGUAAUGAAGCAUUAGAUGGAAUUAAUUAUGUUUAUUAAUUGUGUUUUAAUCGCGCAUAACCGUUUUGUUAAAACAUUAAUUUAACGUAUUUAUUGGUGUUUAUUGUGGUUUAAGUUAAAUUGAAUGAACAUCGCACAACUAUACAUUUGUUUUUGCUGAUUUGUUUUUAGUUGGAUAAUGAUCCA